GCCUGGGAGGCUCACGGCACCGGGAGCAGCCGAGGGGUUUGGCCGGGAGCGGAGGGAGAGGUUGCGGGAGGGACACGCACGCACCCCCGCAGCUUGGGUGGGUCCUGUGCACGGACUAGAGCGGAGCUGGAAAAGCCCAGAGCAGCUUGGAGCCGGGGCUGCUGCUAGCGGAUGAGACCCUCCCCCGCGGCCUUUGGGAGAUGGCAGGGGGAGGAGAGAUUUAGAGGAGACACACGAGUGUGUGUGUGAGUGUGCAAGGAGCGAUCUGCCUUGUCAGUCGGAGCAUGGGCUGCUGCUGGGAGCCUUCUGCUCGGCUGCCUGCUCCUUUGUAACAUCACAACAAAGGCUGUGGCGUGUAACUGGGGAAAGCAGCCAGGAAGGUGCAGGGCAAGACGUCAGGAUUCCUAGAGAAAUGGCUUCCUCCAACCCGCCCCCAAACCCUGCAGUAGGAGGUGGGCUAGUGCAGGGGGCCCUGGAGACCUCGACCGAGGGGGAGGAGGAGCUAGGGGAAGCGUUUGAUUUCGACGACAGCGAAGGGGAGGAAGAGGAUUCCACUCUAGCAGUCAACAGUGCUAGCACCGAACCCAGCAUCGGAGGGGUCCUGCGGGCCCCGCCCCGGAGGCAUAGACCAGGAAGCGCUGCUGAGCCCCAUUCGUCAGCCCAGCAGGAGAAGGAUGGAGCGCCCCCUGCAGGGCAGGCUCAGCAGACCGACUCUGGAUCGAGCACCAGCGCUGAUCCACUUGACACAAAGCUACAGACAGAGUUCCUGACGGUGGUCAGCAAUGGGGACGUUGUGGGCAGCUCCCCCACGGGGAUUCGGACCCGCAACUGGAAAAGGAAGAGCAUCCGGCGAGGUGCACGGUUUGAGUUCCCGGCCCUGGAGGAAGAUGUGAUCUAUGAUGACGUCCCAUGUGAAAAUCUGGACUCGGAUCAGUACGGGGCAGACAGAAACCUGAUUUACGAGGAUGGGGCACAUCGGGAAGCCGAAGAUCUAGGCUGGAGCUCCAGUGAGUUUGAGAGCUACAGUGAGGAUUCUGGCGAAGAGGCCAAGCCUGAGGUGGAACCUGCCAAACUCAAGGGGUCCUUCCAGCCAAAGCUUUCUCCAGACCUGAAUAGGCUAAAGGAGAGAUACGCCAGGACAAAGAGGGACAUUCUGGCUUUAAGAGUUGGGGGGAGAGACAUGCAGGAGCUGAAGCAGAAAUACGAUUGUAAGAUGACGCAGCUGAUGAAAGCCGCCAGGAGUGGCACAAAGGACGGCUUGGAGAAGACAAAGAUAGCUGUCAUGCGGAAAGUGACCUUCUUGCACCGGAAAGAAGCCCCAGGUGACUCUGAGGAGGAAGACAUGGGGUUCCUGGAGGUCACAGUCCCGGACAUGAAACACCCAUCUCCAGAGCUCGGCCCCAUGCCGGAUGGAUUAAGCCCUCAGCAGGUGGUGCGGCGUCACAUCCUGGGCUCCAUCGUGCAGAGUGAGCGGAGCUACGUGGACUCGUUGAAGCGGAUUCUCCAGGAUUACAGACACCCCCUGAUGGAGAUGGAGCCCAAGGCCCUCAGCGCCAGGAAGUGCCAGGUGGUUUUCUUCCGUCUCAAGGAGAUCUUGCACUGCCAUUCCAUGUUCCAGAUCGCCUUGUUCUCCCGCGUGGCUGAGUGGGACACUACGGAGAAAAUCGGGGACCUCUUCGUGGCCUCAUUUUCCAAGUCAAUGGUGCUGGAUGUGUACAGCGAUUACGUGAAUAACUUCACCAAUGCCAUGUCUGUGAUCAAGAAGGCCUGUCUCACCAAGCCCAUGUUCCUGGAGUUCCUCAAGAAGCGGCAGAUGGCAAGCCCUGACCGGGUCACGCUCUACGGGCUGAUGGUGAAGCCCAUCCAAAGAUUCCCUCAGUUCAUUCUGUUGCUGCAGGAUAUGCUGAAGAACACCCCGACAGGCCACCCGGACAGGCUGUCGCUCCAGCUUGCCCUCACCGAGCUGGAGACGCUGGCGGAGAAACUCAACGAGCAGAAGCGAGUGGCCGACCAGAUUGCUGAGAUCCAGCAGCUGAUCAGGAGCGUCAGCGACCGCAGCAGCCUUAACAAGCUGCUGAAUUCAGGGCAGCACCAGCUGCUGCUUUGCGAGACCCUGACGGAGACGGUUUAUGGGGACCGUGGCCAGCUGAUCAAAUCGAAGGAGCGCAAGGUGUUCCUGCUGAAUGACAUGCUGGUGUGCGCCAACAUCAACUUCAAGCCCGUGAGUACAAGAGGCCAGCUGGAAAUCAGCAGUCUCGUCCCUUUGGGCCCCAAGUAUGUCGUGAAAUGGAACACUGCCCUCCCGCAGGUGCAGGUGGUAGAAGUUGGGCAGGAGAACAGCACAUACGACAAAGACAACGUGGUCAUCCAGAACGCGGGAGCCAAAAAACAUGCUUCAGCCAGCCAGUCGUCCAAUAAGGUGUACCUGGGCCCUCCACGGCUCUUCCAGGAGCUCCAAGAUUUGCAGAAGGAUCUGGCUGUGGUGGAGCAGAUAACCCUUCUCAUCAGCACCCUCCAUGGCACCUACCAGAAUCUGAACAUGACUGUGGCCCAGGAUUGGUGCCUGGCCCUGCAGAGGAUGAUGAGAGUGAAGGAGGAGGAGAUCCACUCGGCCAACAAGUGCCGCCUCCGUCUCCUGCUUCCAGGGAAGACAGACAAGUCUGGCCGCCCCAUCAGCUUCAUGGUGGUCUUCAUCACCCCAAACCCACUGAGCAAGAUCUCCUGGGUGAACCGUCUGCACUUGGCGAAGAUAGGACUGCGGGAGGAGAACCAGCCUGGAUGGAUGUGUCCUGACGAAGACAAGAAAAGCAAAGCUCCCUUCUGGUGUCCCAUCCUGGCAUGCCGCAUACCUGCCUUCUCCUCCAACGCCCUCGACCUGCAGCUUGGAGCUGUGGUGCACAAUCCUGUCCAGUCCUCGCUGCUGGGCUUCUCUGCCGUGAGCACCUCCCUCCCACAGGGGUAUCUGUGGGUUGGAGGAGGCCAGGAAGGCGCAGGAGGCCAGGUGGAGAUCUUCUCGCUCAACCGCUCGGUGCCCCGCACGGUGAAGUCCUUCCCGGUGGCCUCCCAGGUGCUCUGCAUGGAAUACAUUCCUGAGAAGAGCAAGGAGGAGCAAGAGGAGGGGAAAGCGGAGGAUUUGAGAGCUGCAGCUGACCAGCCCUCCGCUCCACAUCCCACCAUCUGUCUGGGGCUGCAGGAUGGCAGCAUCCUGGUGUACGGCAGCGUCGACACGGGGACCCAGUGCUUGCUGACCUGCAGCCCUGGGCAGCAGCCUGUCCUCUGCCUGAAGCAUAGCCCCGAGUACCUGUUUGCCGGACUGCAGAACGGCACCGUAGCUGCUUACGCCAGAAACAACGGGGGGCUGUGGGAUCUCGAGGCGCAGCCCACUUGUCUGGAGGUGGGGACCGGACCGGUGCGAACCCUGCUGACACUGGAUGACACCGUGUGGGCCAGCUGUGCCAACCAGGUCACCGUGCUGGAUGCUGCCAGCCUGCAGGCUCAGCAAACCUUUGAGGCCCACCCGGACGAGGAAGCCAGUGUGACGCACAUGAUCAAGGCAGGCAGCGGCGUCUGGAUGGCCUUCUCCUCGGGGUCCUCCAUUCGCCUCUUUCACACCGAGACCCUGGAGCAUCUGCAGGAGAUUAACAUAGCAACGCGGACCACCUUCGUCCUGCCAGGCCAGAAGAACGUCCGUGUCACCAGCCUGCUGAUCUGCCAGGGGCUCCUGUGGGUUGGCACGGACCAGGGCAUCAUCGUGUUACUGCCUGUGCCCAGGCUGGAGGGCAUCCCCAAAAUCACUGGGAAAGGCAUGGUCUCUCUGAACGGCCACUGUGGCCCUGUGGAAUUCCUGGCCGUGGCCAUCAGCACCCUGGCCCCGGACGUGCUGAAGAACGAAAAGGAGGAGGAGGGCGGCCAGGAGGAGAAGCCGGAUGGCCCGUCUCCAGAGCUGUCUGCCCUCGACAAGCCCCCGGCCGGGGAGAUGAGGAAGAAGGGGAUCCUCCUGAAGUACCGCCUCCACUCCACCUCCCACCUGCCUGGGCAGCUGCUCUCGGUGAAAGAUGCCCCUCCGGCGCCGGGUGGGAGCACCCUGGAGCACAGCGAGGAGGACGGCUCCAUCUACGAAAUGGCCGACGACCCGGACAUCUGGGUGCGGAGCAGGCCGUGCACCCGGGACACUCACCGCAAGGAGAUCUCCUCGGUGGCCAUCAUCUCCGGCGGGCGGGGCUAUCGGAAUUUCAACCCCAGCAGCAAGCUGCUGGCCUGCAGCGAGACGGACAGCACUCUUCUCAUAUGGCAGGUCCCUUUGAUGCUAUAGCGUCGACGGCAUCCGCUACCUGCAACGCAGCACUUAGGGUGGCUAACUCUGGCUCCGGACUCAUGCCAAGCCCCAUGAGGAGCGGCCUGCACCAGGGAAUGCUGGGAUUGUAUCUGCUACUGUCCCAGGCCAACCUAGGGAAUGACUUGCCUGCUGCUCAAGAGGGGGUGAAGCCUCUUCCACUUACCAAACAAAUGAACACCCCUUCUCACUCCCCUUUUUUUAAAGACUUUUUUUCAAAUGUACUAUUCUUUUUCUUGAGAAACCAGCUUGUUUUUUGGGGGGUUCUUUUACCGUUGUGGGGUGCGUCGGGAGCAGCACCCUCCCUGCGGGCUGAGGAGGUUUGCUGAGCUCUUGGGCACGUCCCUUCCGAAGGGGGCGUGAGCGUCUGUGUGUCUGUGUGUGAAUAUAUGAAAAUAUAUAUAUAUAUAAAAAUCUAAUUCUGUAUAUUGUUACGGGUAUAAAUAAAACCAUCUGUAUAUAUUGUGGCAUCCAGAAGUGCAGGAAUAAAAAGGGGGCGCACAUUGCA